AUGGCGGUGGGCCUGGGGGGCGGCCAUCUGGUAAUAUUAACUCAGAUGGCCUCUGCUGGUGAGAGCUUUCAUCCUAAUAUUCAAACUGCAAGGUCUUCUUCCGACGUCAAGGCGUAUGUUGAGAAGGAAGGUGACUUUACUAACUGGGGUGAGUUCCAAAUAGAUGGGAGAUCUUCAAGGAAUGGUCCCCUCAAUUUAGCUAAAGUUUAUGCUGAAGCCCUUAAUACUAGUUCCGUUGCAGAUUCAUUACAAAUAAUUAAGGAGAAGGAUCCCAAGUCGUUCUUUCUUCAGUAUCAUAAUCUGAAGGCUAAUGCUGAAUGUAUAUUCGCACGACCCAUCUCUGUUUUCCAAUCUAAACAAGAUUAUUCUUCUUUCGUUGUUGAUACAUGUAUUGCGCAGUGGUUAGAGGAUAAUUUUUUUGUUAAUGGCGCUUCGCGGCCAAAGGGAAAUAAUAAAUACAUUCUUAGGACUGUUAUUGAUCGACCAAUGAGUUUGAUAUUAGAAGGCCCGAGCAGGACAGGUAAAACGGCAUGGGCUAGGUCUUUGGGCCGGUAUAACUAUAUCUGUGGACACAUGGACUUCAAUGCAAACAACUUUAAGAAUGAUGUCAUGUACAAUUUGAUUGAUGAUGUAGCUCCUUAG